AUGGAAUUGGCCUCUGAAGCCGAAAUUGAAGAAAAAUAUUGUAAUACUCAGGAAUAUGGCUACGAAUCAAACGAGGAGCAAGAAACAAGAAAAACGGUUGAAGGGUCGUGUCAUCAGGACCCAAUAGUUGCAGAAACGGUUAUUGACAAAGAAAAAACUAGUGAUAUCCAGGAAGAAGACAACAUAUCAAUAGGGACGCAAGAAGUAAGAAAACCAGUUGAAGAGUCGCGGGACCUUCCAAUUGCUGCGAAAACGGUUUGUGACAAUAAUAAGAGGAACACGACAAAAGAGAAUUCUUCAAAAUACCUACUAGAUGACUUGAGAAUUUCAGAUUCAUCAGACGAUGGUAAUUUUGGAUCAUCUAGCAGUGAUAAAUAUAUUUGCGCUACUGAUGAAUCGUCGUCAUCCAGUGAUAAUGAAAGAACUUCAGCUAAAAAGAAAAGAACGGCUACGUCGUCGGUGAGACAUACCUCCAAUAUUACAGUUCCAGAAACACCCCCGUCGCCCAUGAGCACAUCAGAGAAUCCUGUUCCUGGUUGCUCUUUCUGGGAACGCAACGGUAUGAAUAGUGCCGGGAAAAAGAAAAGAACAAGAAAAAGUGACAAGGAGAGAAGACAGGAUAGAGCAAGGAGAAAAUUGUUUUGUAAUACUGGCUUAGAAUAUAUAACGACAUCAGGGAAAACAAAGAAACGUCGGCAACUUCAUGAACUUGAAAACGGCCGUCAAAAAUACAAGCAGAGACUACCACAGGACUUGAGGGAGAAACUUUUUGAACAGUACUGGAGUUUAGGUAGUUACGGAAAUAGAACUAAAUACAUUGCGAAAAAAACGUCGAAGUUUUCUCCAAAGAAAAAACGCAACGUCAGCUUUCAUUACUUUGUACAUGGUUUUGAUCAUACAAAACAUAUAAUCUGCAAAGGAUGUUUUUUGAAGACUUUUGAUGAAAGUCACAAAUAUCUACAAACGGUAUGCGAGAAACUACGAGACAAUGUCGGUCAUCUUCCUCAGCGUAAACGUCGAGUUGCCACUACGGCCGCAACAAACCAACAAACCACUAGAAAGUUUUUGAAUUCCAAGCUCAACCUUCAAGUUCUUUAUAACCUAUACAAACUGAAGACUGAUGCUCCAGUAAGCAAAACCAUCUUUAAAAAGGUCUUUGAAACCAUGAAUUUAUCCUUCAAAAAGCCAUCUGUAGACACUUGUUCAAAAUAUGACUGCAUCAAUAUGAAACUCAAGUAUGCAUCUGUGGAUCAGGCUGCAAAUCUCAAGACGCUCAAGGAGCAUCAAGAGGCGUUUAAGACUGCUUACGAAGACGAAAAGGCAGAUAAACAACUGACUCAAUCGAGCGAAGUUGUUGCUGUCAUAACAUUUGAUUUGCAACAAUGUUUACCCACCCCGUAUUUGCAAACGAAUGUUGCAUUUUAUAAGCGACAAUUGCGGACAUUUAAUUUGACCAUACACGAUUUGAAAACAAACAAGGCUUUCUGUUACACGUGGCCGGAGUGUGAGGGUAAUAGAGGGGCUAAUGACAUUGCUUCGUGUUUAUACGAUUUUAUCAUAAAUCAACUACCAAACUUACACCCAAACGCUAAGAAGCUGAUCACGUUCUCGGACUCCUGUUCUGGCCAAAACAAGAAUUCGAUUGUAACAACAAUGUUAAUGCUAGUUACUAGACUAUCCCCACAAUUGCAAUUUAUUGAACAUAAAUUUCUCGUACCCGGCCAUACACACAUGGAGGCUGACACCGACCAUGCAUUGAUUGAGCGUAAAAAGAAGCACACGAAUAUGGAUAUACACUUGCCAAGAGAUUGGUAG